AGCCACACCGACGUAUUACUGCCCCGCUCCCUUUGUUCUCUCCGGGUGUUGGUGAUACUGCUGAGGUGAUCUUCACACAUCUACCAAAACGCGAAUACCUGGAUGAUAGCAAUUUUCGUUCCGACCGUAGUCAAACGUCCUUUCGACCAGCCAGUCAAAUAAUCCCUCAGCGUCGGCCGAUUCACGCGAAAGAUCGUCGAGAUGUUUCCCGAGCCGAGGCAGAUCGCUUACAUGCGGCCCGCCUCGCUUGCCUAUUGGCCACGGAAGCAGCCGUGGAAAAUGCCAGACAACGAGUGUUAGAGCAGCGCGAAGCCAAACUGUCCGAGCUCCGAUCUCGUAUGCAAACAAGACACCAGCAAGCGGAAGCAAGAAGAAAGGCAUUAGAGCAAGCUGAAAAGGAAAGAAUUGCUCAAAUCGCUAAACGUCAUCAUCGGGCCACUAUCGCACACCCUCCAGGCCAGUAUCACGUACAGUCUGCUCGUUUGGGCUUUCAAACUCGAUCACUUCGAGUCCCGCUCCGUCCACACACAGCUCUGAACAUUCGAGCCACCCAAUCCGAACGUCGUUCCGUUGUCGCUUUCGGAUCUACCACACCACGCACGGUCUGUUUUACCAGUCGUGAACUGCAGGCGAUGCAUCAGAUGAACAGUAACAGCGUGCAUGUGGAUCAACGAUCCACCUUGGACUACCUGUCAGACACGAAUUCAUGCAGCCUGUCCACUUUCGACUCCUAUCGGUCGCGGAAACGUCAAAAUCCGAUUCCCGGUCAAUCCACUGGUCAAUUUAUGUUAAAAGAUAAUCCGAAAAUGAUCCGUUCAUCCUACAGUCGGUCACCUCAAAGUGCGCACUAUUUAUCCAAUGUGACAGAAUUCAAUGGCAAUGCAAUCAGGACCGGACCAGUCAUGAGUCGUAUGAAUCGUAUUUCAGGUGAGUAUGGUAAAACAUUUUUGUCCACCGAAAGUUUUUUUUGA